UCGUCACGAGGGCCACAAUUGGCCCGCGGGCCGCCAGUUUGAGCCCCCUGGUUUAAAGCUUGUCUCUGCUCCUGAUUGGAGGAUAAAUCCAUCCUGAGACUUACAAUCCCCACAGAGAGACAGACAGAGAGUUAGUCUGCUGCACACACUCUCCCUGUCAGCAGCUACAGAUAUUAUAAUAUUAUAUAUAUUAUUAUUAUAACUCCUUCAUCACCAGGAUUACUUUAUUUUCUACAUCUGGUUUGUUUUCAUCAGUCCUCAGAUAUGACGAUCAGAACAGUUCGUCCAGACCGCGGACAACACUUCCGCCCCCGCAACCACUGCUUCAAAAAGCUGGAGGCGGUGGUGGUGGAGAUGCAGGACCCAAAGAACGGAGUGAAAGGCUCCGACCAGAAGCUCAACGUCACCGUCAUCCCACACGUCGUCUCUGGUAAAGACGUCAUCACCUGGAUCACUAACAAGAUGAAGAACACUCCAGAAGAGGCGGAGGCCUUCUGCACCAUGCUGGUGGCCUACGGGUACAUCUACCCUCUGCAGAACCACAAGAAGCUGGUGAUGUGCAACGACUCCAGCCUCUACCGCUUCCAGACUCCGUACUUCUGGCCUUCACAGAAAUGGGUUGCAGAGGACACUGACUAUGCCAUCUACCUGGCAAAGAGGAACAUCCGCAAGAAAGGCAUGCUAGAACCCUACGAACAGGCCCAUUACAACCACCUCCAUGAAUGGCUGAACCAUAAGUGGGACUUUAUCGUCAUGCAGGCCACUGAGCAGCACAAGGCUGGCAAGGAGAGGAAGAAGCCGGAUCGUGUUGUGUUUGACUGCCAGGAGAGAGCUUACUGGAUAGUGAACAGGCCACCGCGUCGUACUCACAGUGCUAUGGACUCUGGUCCAGAUCGUCUCAUUGAUCCCAAUGCAGAUGAGAAACUCACCUUUGACACGUACAGACGCAUGAACAUCUUUUAUCAACAUACGAUCAUGAGGUCAAGGGUCAAAUCCAGCGUGUCCCUUGGAGCACUGGCCAAGUACGUGACCACCUAUAAGAACCACGACCCGUUCCUGGCUCCCUGUCUGCCUAGCAACCCCUGGCAGACAGACAACGACUCGUACUGGAGCCUCAACAUGAGACGAGUGGACGUCCCCACUAAGAUGCGAGUGGAGCGCUGGUCCUUCAGCUUGUUCGAGCUGCUGAGCGACCUGAGAGGCCGAGACGACUUCAAGGUCUUCCUCAAGAAGGAGUUCAGCGGGGAGAACUUGGCUUUCUGGGAGGCAGCUGAAGAACUGAAGUGGGGCACAGCAGCUUCCAUGUCUUCUAAAGCCGAGACCAUUUUCAAGACCUUCCUGGCCCCCGGGGCCCCCCGAUGGAUCAACAUUGACGGCAGGACGAUGGGUCUGACGGUGAAAGGCCUGGAGCAUCCUCACCGCUACGUCCUGGAAGCUGCUCAGACUCACGUCUUCCUGCUCAUGAAGAAGGACACUUUCUUCCGUUACCUCAAGUCACCAGUGUACAAAGACAUCCAGAAGAAGGCUCAGAACCCCGAGGCUCAUAACUUCAGUCCAGCCCAGUUGGAGCAGAACGCCAUGAACCGAAGCCCCGGCAUCAGUCCUAUGAUCCUCUGGCAGCAGGAGGAGGUGGAGAAGGCCAAGGCUGCUGCUGCUUCUGCUCCCGUCGACGUCAAGGCCAUGAUGAGCAAAAUAGACAGGAAGUAGUAGAAACAUGUCUAUAUAAUGUGAGGACACAUAGAAACUAGCCCUUUGUUAGGGUCUAUACACUGCACAGGAGAAUUAGUUCUGCUUUUAGGAGGGUGCAGAUAUGGAAAAAUAAAAUGCUAACCCUAAAAAAACUCUCCCAAAAGGUUUCUGAGCUGUUUCUUGUAGUAUUAGAUGACUUUAAUAUCACAGUAAAAGUUGUCUGUGGUGCAAGGAGCUCAUGCAGGAAGGCUCACUGGAGCUUUAAAUGUUUCUUUGACCCAGAAAAUGUAGAUUUUGACACAAAGAUUGACUUUAUGAGUGGUUUGGAAGAUAUAUUGGUUCUCAUAGAUUUUAUAUGGCUGCCAUCUCCGAUGGCCACAAAUUCAUUAAUUAAAUGAAUUAUUGUAAAGGAGAAUAAAGGUUCUUGUAUGUUUUAUUUAAGGCAUCUUAUUUUGACAGUCUUCUUGUAAAUUAUGUGGUGGUUUAUACACACUGUGCUCUUAUUCUGAAAGCUGCAUUGUUAAGCGACAGGAAGUAAUAGUAGCUUUUUGUGAUUAACACAACUUUAAUUGUUAGCUAACGUUAGCUUGCGGCUAACGCGGGUAAACUGUGACGUGUGUGGUGAAGGUGCUCAUCAGGAAGACUCACUGGAACUGAUCACAUCUUGGUGGUUGG